UCCAUCAGGGAAAAAAGGAAGAAGGCAGGAUAAAUAAGGUCCAAACUCGGAGACCUUAAGGAUCUGGCUUGGCACGGUUGCCAGAGAAGAAGAUGAGCGUGGGUUACGUGCUGUCAGUGUUUGUGAGGGAGCUGCCUGGUUAUGUUCUCUUUGCUGGGAUCUUUAUGCCCGUGACUUUACUCCUGCUGCUGCUAAUUGCCUACUUCAGGAUCAAACUAAGAGAAGUAGAGGACGAAAUGGCCGUGGUACAAGACUCCAGCAAUGCCUUCCUGAACCACCGCAGCCAGUGGAAGAGACCCAGGAGAUACGGACAAAAAGAGAACAGAUACAAGAAUUCAAGGAUGUUUAAGGGAGCUUCACGUCUCAGGAAGCAAGCUUAAACCUAGUACUGAGUGCUGCAGGUUUCACCAUAGCCAGCUGUAAAUAAAUACCAUAUAGGAAAACAAAACUGGAGAGCCAGUGCUGCGCCAUCCUAAUGAAACAGCUGCUGCCACCCAGAGUCCUUGCAAGCGCUAAGCUGUGCAGCUCAGCAGUGACCAGACCUCCUGCAAUGACCUGCACCGGUUCCCCUGUGUGACACAGGAUUUGGGGAGAGGGACAGUGUCCUGCUCACCAGCUCCUCCCUGGCCUGCCAAGGAGAAAGAGACACAACCAGCUCCUGGGAGAGCUGAGCUGGCACGUACAAGUGAAGCGGCCUUAUGAAACCGAGAUGCAUAAAUAGCAAGCUGAUAUCAAACACUGACAUCUGGGAAAUUGAAAAGGGUUUUGAAGGGGAACUGACAUUUAUUAGCUUGUACACUUUGGGUAAGAUUGUGGGUUUUGUAAAGUAUCCUUUCCGCAGAAUUUGGGAGCAAAAUGUAACAGUAGCAGGAAACAAAAGGGUUUCUCUCUGCUGACAAAAAAAAA